UGACAGUUCGGACCAUUCGAGAUUCAAAAAGUUAACGGCAAUUUUACCGGGCUGUCUCGAUUGCAUACAAUGGCAUUACAAACUCCCAAAAACAAACAUUGAAAUAUUCAAAACAAUGAUUUGAAGACUUCGUUACUAGUUUUUAGUUAGAUAAACAACAUGGAGCCAUCGAAGGAGGCUAUCGCUGUACGGAUUUCACGGCUGAACCGACAGAUUUUAGGCAAAGUAUCUGCGGGGUCAAGUAAAUUUAGUAAAAAGACAAUAGAUCGAGAAGCAUUGCUUGAUGCUCUCACAGUGCUUUACGAUGAGUGUAACGAUGAUCCGGUCAAGAAAUGUGAUGAUUUGGUUCGCGCCUUCGUGGAUAAAUACCGCAGCACAUUGGCCGAGCUGCGUAGGAUCCGUGUCUGCAUAUCGGACUUUGAAAUUCUACAAACCAUUGGCAGGGGCCAAUUUGGGGAUGUGCAUAUGGUGCGAGAGAAAGAGACGCAUGACGUGUAUGCGCUGAAAUGCGUGCGCAAAGAAGAGGCGCGAAAGCGCGUCGUGGGCGCCGCGGACGAGCGCGACGUGCUGGCCGGCGCCGCGGGGCCCUGGGCGCCCAAGUUACAAUACGCCUUUCAGGAUAACACGACUCUCUACCUGGUAAUGGAGUUAUGCUCGGGCGGCGACCUAGCGGGGCUCCUCUCCCGCCGCCACAACCCGCUGUCGGAGCGCGACGCCGCCUUCUACGUGGCCGAGGUGGCGCACGCGCUCAAGGCACUCCAUCAGCUCGGCUUCGUUCAUAGAGACGUGAAGCCACACAACAUCUUGAUAGACCGAUGCGGGCACGUGAAGCUGGGCGACUUCGGGUCGUGCACUCGCCUGGCGGCGGCGGACGGCGAGGCGGGCGGCGCCGCGGGCACGCCGGACUACGUGGCGCCGGAGCUGCUGGCCGCCGCCGACUGCGCGCGCCGCCACGCCGUGUGUGCCGAGUGCUGCCGCGGGAUUGAGCAUACUGCGCUUUCCGCAUGCGACUACUGGUCACUGGGCGUCGUGGCGUUCGAGCUGGUGACUCUCCGGAGACCGUUUUCCACGGGGGAUGACGACUCCAUUGCGACCAUAUUGAGCAAUAUACAAAAGUACGAGCGAUCCCCGGAUUCGGAGCCCCCCUUCGAAGCUCCUCCCGACGGGCCCUCCCCCGCGUGGCGCGCGCUGGUGGCGGGCCUGCUGCGCGUGACGCCCUCGCGGCGGUUCAACUACCUCGACACGCUGCAGCAUCCAUCGCUGGCGCAUCUCUCCGUGCACUCCAUACGAGAUCAGGCGCCGCCGUGGGUGCCGCGCGUGCGCGGGCCGGAGGACGCCACGCACUUCAGCCCGCCGCCGCGCGAGGCGCCACCAGUGUCAGCGGCACCCUUCCGCGCGCGCCCACCCUUCGCGGGCCAGCUGCCCUUCGUCGGUUACUCCUACGUAGCACACGACGAAACCGAAGAUAACUCUACGUCUUCGGGCUUCAGCGCGUCCCACGAUUGCACCGCUAUAGAUCUCGCUACUUUCAAGUCGUCCGAGAAGCUGCUGGCGUCACGUGGUCGCGAGAUCGCGUCGCUGCAGAGCAAGCUAGCGGCGGCGGAGACCGCAGCCGGCGCCGCCGCGGAGAAGGUGCGGCGCGCCGCCGACGCCGAGCACGAGCGCACAAGGGCGCGCCUGCAGGCCGAGAUCACCGCGCUCAGCCUGCAGAACAAACGUCUAGAACGCCAAAUCGAAAUCGAGAAAGAAGAACGCAUGGCCCUGGAGCGCACCAACCAGGAGCUCGCCUCCGCCGCCUCCGAGCGGAACAGCGCCGACCUGCGCGUGGCCCAGGCGCAGAACGCGGAUCUGGCGAGCGAGCGGGACGGACUGAGGGAGGACAUGGCGCGGCUGGAAGCGAGAGUGAGCGAGAUGCAGACGGAGUGCGCUAGGGCUGUCGCUGCCGCGGACGCGGCGAGAGCACAGCAUAAGCAUUAUAAGGAUAUACUAGAACAAGCUCAAGAUUUAAGGCACAGAACGCUGACAGAGCUCAACGUACGAGCGAUCGACACAAUAGCAAAAGAGCGCGCGCUCCGCCGCCAGACCCUCAGCGGGGGCGAGGCCGAGACCCGCGAGGCGGGCGCGCGCGCCGCCGCCGCCGAGGCCUCCGCGGCGCGCGAGGCCCGCGCCCGCGAGCAGGCCGAGAAGCGCCUCGCCGAGGCCGAGGCCGACGCGAGAGAGUUGAGGAGAGAGCUGGAGGAUGUUCGAAAAGAAUUUGCCUCCGUGCAGGAAUCCUUGGGAGAGAAGCAGCGCGUGGCGACGGCGUCUACAGAGCAGCUGAAGGAAGCUCAGCUACAGCUCACGCAGGAGCGCGUCCGAGCUUCCUCGCUCGCCGCUCAAGUACAGGAGCUCCAGCGCAGUAUACAGGAAGCAGCCGCUCGCGAGGCAGCAUUGGAAGAGCAGUGCUCCCGCACGGAGGCGCGCUUCAACGAGCGCCUCGACGCGGCAGAGGCGCGCGCCGCUGCCGCCUUGCAGGACGACGCCAGGCACCGGGAGAAGGUGAACACCCUCGAGCAACUCGUCCGGCAGCUAGAGCGCGAGGUGACGGCGCUGGAGAGCCGCUCGUGCGUGCAGUGCGAGGCGCGCGGCACGCCGCACGGCUCGCCGCACAAGGCGCAGAGCGACACGGAGAGCUUGGCCGACGCGCAGCACUCUGCGCAGGUGCACGUGCUCAAGGAGCAACUGGAGCGUGCCGAGGCGCAGCUACAGACACGUGCGGAAGAAAUAGCCGCUCUACGCCAGGAAGCUAGAUCUGCUAACUUAGCCAGAUGGCGCAAGGAGCGCGAGUUCAACGACCUCUCAUUAGAAGCUAAAUCAACCGCUCGCGACCUGAAGCGCGCGGAGGAGCGUUUAACCGCCGUCCUCGAGGCCAAACGGACCGCCGAGAGGAAAGCCACUGAAGUCCAGACGGAACUGGAUGCACUGAAGCCUCAGUACGAGCAGGCGACCAAGGAGGCCGAGAGGGCCAGGCAGCAGUUAGCUGCGUUACAGAAACGGCAUGAGACGGCUCAAGCCGAAGUUGAUCGAUCUCGCAACGACAUCCGUAAGCUGAAGAGCGAGCUUCAAUACAGCGAGAAGCGCCGACUCCACGCCGAAGAACAAGAGGAGAUGAGCAGCCGCGAGCGCGCGCAACUCCGUGACGAGAACGUCGAACUACGCGCACACAACACCGAGCUAGCGCAGAAUAAUAAAGCAUUACAAGAAGCGUGUAGCCUGUUGGAAGAACAACUGAUAGAUUUGGAAAAGUUAUCAGAUUUCAACGAAGGGAAGAGCAAAGAUCACGAGUGCGAGGUGCAACGUCUCCGCGCGGAGCUGUCUGCGGCGCAGGAGAAGCUGGGCGGCGCGCUGAGCGCGUGCGCGGCGCGCUCCGCGGAGCUCGCGGCCGCCACGCAGGACCUCGAGCGCAUGCGCGACCAGCACAAGCAAGCCACCGCGCAGGUGCAGCUGCUGCAGGAGCGAGUGGAACGCGCCGACUCUUGCGUGGCGUCCCUGGAGGCGCGCUGCGCCGCGCUGGAGGGCGAGCGCGCGGCCGCGCAGGCGGCGCUGGGCAGCGCCGCGCGCCGCCUGCGCGACCUGCAGGAGGAGUGCGCCGCGCUGCGCACCAGCAAGCACGACCACCACGAGCUGGCGCUGCAGCUGAGGGCGCAGCUCGACGAGGCACAGGAGCAGUUGGAGAGCGCUCGCGAGGCGGCGGAGGCGGCGACGGCGUGGUGGCGCACGCGCGAGACCAAGGCGGACGCCACGCUGCGCCAGCAGGCCAAGCUCAUCGACUUCCUGCAGGCCAAAGUGGAAGAGGCCGGGCGGAAGAAGUGUACCCUGGGCAACAAGCUGUUCGGCCGCUCGGGCCGCCGCGCCAACGCCUCGCCGCCGCUGCGCCGGGCCAACAGAGAGUUACGAGAAGAAGUGGACCGAUUGCGCGCUAAACUGGCCGCUUCUAAAGCUCUCGAUGAAAGCAAUUGCCCUCCGACGCCGAGACGUCAGAAGAAAACUCCGAACGGGACCGUAAAAAGUAUCGAUACGCCUGAUGCACGGACGGACACAUUGAUGAAUUCAUCACAGGAGUCAUUCUUGCAAAUAGUAUGGCGAGACGGCAGCCGCGAGCGCAUGGCGGCGCGGCUGAGCGACGGCGCGCUCGUGCUGCGCGGCGGCAGCAAGGAGCUCCACGCACGCCUGGCCGGAGACGACGUGGCCGGGCUGCCCUUCAACGAGGCCGGCAGGGCCUUCAUGAUCACGAUCUCGAACCCGGACGCUCGCGGCAGCACGGCGGCGGCGGUGUGCGGCGACCGCGCCACGCGCGCGCACUGGCUGGGCGUGCUGCGCGCCGCGCCGCCACCGCCGCCUCCCGCCGGCUACACGCCGCGCCAGCUGUACGCCGGCGCCAGCAAGCCGCUGGCGGUCGCCGUACUGGCUGAGGACGCCGUUGCGAUAGGGUGCGACGACGGAUUGCACUCCCUGCGCAGUCUAGUGCGCCUGACCUUGUGGGAGUCGUCCCCCCGGCGCGUCGCGGUGACGGGCGUGUGCGUGAGCGGCGCGCGCACGCUGCUGGCGCACGGCGGCGCGCUGCUGCACGCCGGCACGGCCGCGCUCGCCUCCGCGCUGCGCCGCGCCGAGCCGCUGCAGCCCGCCGUCGCCGUCGACCGCGUGCCGCUGCCCGACGCGGCGCACCCGCACCUCAUAACCGCUAUGACGGGGGCGGGGUCGGACGGGUCGUGCGCGGUGGCGCUGGGGCGGCGCGUGGUGCUGCUGCGCGGCGCGGGGGGCGCGGGCGCCGGCGCCGCGUACGGCGUGGCGCGCGCCUUCGGCCUCGAGCGCGCGCCCGCCGCGCUGCUGCUCACCGGCGCCGCGCUGUACGUGGCGGCCGAGCGGCCGCUGCACGCGCGCCUGCCGCAGGGCGCGCUGCAGCCCUUCGCCGCCGCCGACCCCACCGUGGCCGCCGCCGCGCGCGCCCGCUCCGCGCCCCGCGCCGUGCUGCUGGUCGCCGCCGAGCCGCCGGAGCUGCUGCUGUGCUACGCCGAGUGCGGCGUGUUCGUCGACGACGCCGGCCGCCGCACGCGCCCCGAGGACCCCAAGUGGAGCGCGCCCGUCCGCGAGUUCGCGUUCGUGAGGCCCUUCCUGUACGCGAUCGGCGAGGAUAGAGUGACGAUCGUCCACGUCGGCGACGAGGCGUACCGCGCGCCCGCCUGCACGUGCGACGCGACGUCGGAGGCCUCGAGCGGCUCCGAGUUCUGCGCGCCGGAGACGUUCGAGCUGAGGCUGCCGCGGCCGGCGCUGCUCGGCACGACGUCCGACGGCAUCGUCGUGCGCACGACCCGCGACGACGGCUACCAGGUGUCGGUCGUCAGCGGGCUCGCCGCCUUCCGAAGCGUCGGGGCCUCGCUGGAGUCUCUCGACGCGGUCUCCGAAUCCUAUAAAGGCUCCACCCCGGACUUGGCGCGGUCGCUCGCCGACCUGGCCCAGUCGUCGCCGCCGAACACGUCGCUGGAGACCCUCGACGGGGCGACCGGCUUCCUCGCCGACAUCAAGAAAAGGGCGCGACAGUUGCGACAGAAAAAUCGUAGACAAAACCAGAUGGACGCCGAUGACGUCAUCAAGGAGAUCCUGACGACCGAAAUAGGAUUAAAACGAGGUUUAAGCGGUAGAGUGUCCCCGGCGCUCACCUCGGAGUUCGAUUCUGAUUCCGAGUCGCGCAGCGAGCCCGAGCCGGAGUCGGAGGGCCCGCAGCGGGCGGAGGACGUGUGCGCGGAGAUGUUCACGAGGCAAGUUCGGUUCCAGUAGGUUAUGUGUUAUGUGAGAGACUCGAGCUGAUAUUUUUACUAUUCAUUAAUAAUGAAGCAAUCUUUAUGGAUUCAUACAUUUAGAAAAUAUUAAGAUGUAACAGUUUCGUAAAUAGACACGCUCAAAAACCAAAACUUUUGUACGUUUGCGUUAGUUUCAAAUAAUUACAACCUCGUAAGACAUACAAUCCAUCUUUUGCUUCGUCCUUAAAAGACACGCUGCGUUGUUCAGUGUAGCCGAUUCGAGAAUGCAUAUUUGAUAAGGUAAUGUACUUAUACUCAAGUAUUCCUAUGAAAAUAGACACUAUUUUGUAUGUAAAUUAAGCAAGCAAUGUAAUGUAUACAGUAAUUUAUAAUUAAUACUCUUUAAGUAUUGUAUGCUAUUUAGGUAGAUUAAUUGAAGUAGCAGUGUUUUUUUGUUUUUGUAUUUAUAUUUUUGGAAAAGUUUGUUCAGUGUGUUGUAAAAAUUAAGUAAAUUAAGUGUUCUUUCGAAGAUUUUUUUUGUUUUGAAGUCAUAAAGCAAGUUAUAAUGUGUCACUAUUUCGUUAAGAAAAACUAUCGAUUGUGAAAUUUUUAUCAAAAUUAUACAAAAAAAAACGUUUCUCAUGCCUUUUACACAAAAAUGGUAGACAAUUCGAGCUCAGCUUUAUUAAGAUCUUAUGCCAUUGAAAAACUACGUAUCUAUCGCAUCACUACCACACAAUAGAAGCAUUAAAUCUAACCACAAGUUUAAUGUACUUAAGUUAUUUUCGUUGCAUUUAGUAACGAAUAUUAUAGUAACAGUAAGAAUGUAAAAUGGCGCAAGUAUACUUAAAUAACAGUGAUAUUGAAUGAUUAAGAUGUGACCACUGAGAAAAAGUUAUUCUAAGAUAUUCUAUAAAGGGGCUAUUC